AUGGAUAUAAUUUGUGCCGGAUUCCCUAAAACUGCGACUAAAUCUUGCUCCGCAGCUCUCCGAGAAAUAGGCUUCAAUGUUGCUGAUAUGAGGGAGACAUUCUUGCAUCUUAUGCCAGUCUUUGACAAGUAUUUCAAAGGACAAGCAACAAUAGAAGAUGUGAUCAGCGAGUAUGAAAAUAUAAAAUGCACUGUUAAUCAAGAUUGGCCUGGAAAUAUGCUCUGGGAGGAACUCUACAGGGCAUCUCCCCAUGCAAAAGUUAUUCUGACAGUACGAAAAAAUGAUAAAGAGUGGUUCGACAGCCUCAUCAAGUUCAUGAUUGCGGAGCGUUCUGCCUGUGGCAAUUUUCCCUGGUACUUUUUGAGCAUGAAAUUUCUCGACUGGGGGUUCUUGGGAAAAACUUUUCACUUAUCUGAUUGGAUCGCACGAGAAAAAAUGGAGCUUUACCUACCCGGAGUAUUUUAUUGGGAACGUAGUUGGACUUGGGAAACAUCGAUCGAAAAUAUCAAGAAAAAUGAAAAUGUCCUCCGCCAAGCUUACAGAAAACAUAUUGCUUAUGUAAAAAGCGUGGUCCCAGCUGAUCGUCUUCUAAUUUGGGAUUUAUCAACUGGCUGGCAGCCUUUGUGUGAUUUUCUCAAGGUCGAAGUCCCUCUCAGUCCAAUUCCAAAGGUCAACAAAACUGGGGACAAUUAUUUAAUGGCAGAAAUGGGGGAUGUCUUCAAAGAAGUGCUGCCAGACGGACGUAAUAGAAACAACAAGUCAUUUAUUCGAGAGUUGUUCAAUUAUGGCUGCCACUGUUACCCGGGUGGUUCAAAGAACAUCCUAAAAAGCGGAAGAGGAAAGCCGCUGGAUACGAUUGAUGAGUAUUGCCGACAGCACAAAAUCUGCUACAAAUGUAUCAAUUCGAUCUUUAACGAUGGACAAUGGAAUGGUGAAGAGUCGCGUUGCAACCCGGCCGAGAGCUCAUACAAAAUGAUCGCGAAUAUGUCAGCGUACACAGUUAAGUGUAGUGAGGACCAAAACCCAUGCAGGAAAGCCAUUUGCGAGUGCGACUUGCAUUAUGCUGAGCAAGUGACAAGUCUCGAUUUCGAAGCAAAUCAUAACCCGGCUUAUCUUCAAAGAAACGGGUUCGAUUACGAUUCUAGCUGCAUCAAACGUGGAAACUACCAAGGCGAACAUCAAUGCUGUGGAGAUCGUAACAGCUUCCCUUAUCCACAAAUUAUGACAAAGCAGAAGAGCGAGUGCUGUUCGACGGUGGCUUUCAACCCUAAUCGCGAGGAAUGCUGCUACGAAAACGUUGUUGCGAAAAUAGGAAAAUGCGAUACUCAAGGCCCAUACUAA